AUGGCGCUGUACCGCCGCGCGGCCUCCGCGAUCCGGCGGCGCGGGGCCCUGCCCCUGCUCCCGGCGCGGGCGAUGGCGUCGCUCUUCGGCCACGUCGAGCCGGCGCCCAAGGACCCCAUCCUCGGCGUCACCGAGGCCUUCCUCGCCGACCCCUCCCCCGACAAAGUCAACGUCGGCGUCGGCGCCUACCGGGACGACAGCGGCAAGCCCGUGGUGCUCGACUGCGUGCGCGAGGCGGAGCGCCGGAUCGCCGGCAACCUCAACAUGGAGUACCUUCCAAUGGGAGGGAGUAUGCACAUGAUUGAGGAGUCACUAAAGCUGGCGUACGGCGAGGACUCCGAGUUCAUCAAAGAUAAAAGAAUUGCAGCGGUGCAGGCACUUUCAGGAACUGGCGCAUGCCGUCUCUUCGCUGAUUUCCAGAAGCGUUUCUUGCCGGAUUCGCAGAUCUACAUACCUACACCAACAUGGUCCAACCAUCACAAUAUUUGGAGGGAUGCUCAAGUGCCACAGAGGACAUUCUCAUAUUACCAUCCGGAAUCGAGAGGGCUUGACUUUGCAGGAUUGAUGGAUGAUAUCAAGAAUGCUCCAAAUGGUUCGUUCUUUUUGCUUCAUGCAUGUGCCCAUAAUCCUACUGGAGUAGAUCCUACUGAGGAACAAUGGCGAGAAAUAUCCUAUCAGUUCAAGUUGAAGAAUCAUUUCCCAUUUUUUGACAUGGCAUACCAAGGAUUUGCUAGCGGUGAUCCAGAGAGAGAUGCCAAGGCAAUCCGUAUAUUCCUUGAAGAUGGACACCAAAUUGGAUGUGCUCAGUCAUAUGCAAAGAACAUGGGUCUUUAUGGCCAGAGAGCGGGAUGUCUGAGUAUCCUCUGCGAGGAUGAGAUGCAAGCAGUUGCGGUUAAGAGCCAAUUGCAACAGAUUGCAAGACCAAUGUACAGCAACCCACCUGUUCAUGGUGCGCUGGUUGUUUCAAUUAUCCUUAGUGAUCCAGAAUUGAAAAACGUAUGGUUGGGAGAGGUCAAGGGUAUGGCUGAUCGUAUCAUUGGAAUGCGGAAGGCACUUCGGGAGAAUCUUGAAAAGUUAGGUUCACCUUUAUCAUGGGAGCAUGUCACCAAUCAGAUUGGAAUGUUUUGCUACAGUGGGAUGACACCGGAACAAGUCGAUCGCCUGACAAGUGAAUACCAUAUCUACAUGACAUGCAACGGGAGAAUAAGCAUGGCCGGUGUAACGACGGGCAACGUCGCCUACUUAGCUAACGCCAUUCAUGAUGUUACCAAGUCAAAUUGA